AUGCCGGAUCGCUUUAAGCCGGAAAUACCGUAUUCAAUUGAAUUGGUUUUACAGGAUUCUAAGGGUGAUCGCAUACAUGCUUCAAUCGAAAAGUAUGUUGUUAAGUUUUUUAGGAACAAGAUACAUGAAUUUCGCUUAUAUCGUAUGAACUACUUUGUAGCUGGACCAAAUAAUUUGAAGUUGAGGACUACGACACACAACCCCGGGCUGACAUUUACUCAAAAGACAUUCGUUGAGGAAACAAUUGAUCCUUCAUUUCAUAUGAACAUCUUUAACUUGCACCAUUUUGACCAACUAACAAAUCAACAUGAUGUCGAUGAGACAGAAUUACUCGAUGUUCUUGCUCAGGUUGUGACCUAUGAAGAUGUUAAGACCUACAAGCAAGGAGACGACCAAAGUAUCUUUAUUAAUGUUGUACUCGAAGAUGAUCAGAGGAACAAGAUUUUGGCAACCUUAUGGAGCGAACUUGUGGAUCAAAUUCAACAUCAAUCGAAUGAAUUUAGCGAUGAACCUUUGAUUGUUGUUUUCCAGCAUAUGAAAGCUCAAAAAUUUCGAGGUUUACCAACAAAGAUAUGGAUAAAUUCUACAUUGUCGCAGUCUAUUGACUUUAAAUCCAGAUUACUUGCAGCACGCCAAUCAAACUUUGAGCGAAUCACUCAAACAAGUUCUCACCUAAGUUACUCUGUUAGAGAUGAGUUACACAAAGGAAUUGUAUUGUUUAAAACUAUUAGGGAUUUAGUUCAGUUCACGCAAGAAUGUAGCUAUUGGAUUACAGCAAAAUUGGUUAAUUUGGAACUUGACCGGGGAUGGUCAUACUUGGCAUAUAACAAGUGUAGUAGAAAGGUUGAAAAAGUUGGAAAUAAAUAUUUUUGUAAGAAAUUCAAUGAAGAAGAAUUUUUAGUUACUCACAGGCUUCAAGUUCGUGUUAUGGAUGGAACCGCUUUUAUCUCAUUGUUGCUUUGGAAUAGCGAAGCUAUGCAGCUUAUAGGGAAGUCCACAAAAGAACUUAAGGAAAGAUUACUUGAGGUUAUUGUUAAGCAAGAGAAUAUUGAGUCACAGGUCGAAGUCUACAAAGUUCUUAAGCUUACUGAUGACGAUGACCUUCUAAAGGAAUACAACCAUAGUUUAUUCGAAGACACUAUCACUGAUCCACAAUUUUUUGAUGGACAAAGCUCAAGUGGAGAUAAGUUUUUCGGGAAAAGCUUAUCAGAAAGUGGAUCGUCCGUGUUAGAAGAUGGUGAUGCUUGCAAUGCAAAAAUAUCUCAUUUGAAGACGUAUGACAAGAAGACUAGAUCCUCUAAUAAGGCAUCAGCAGUUGGACCAGAGGACGACUUCAAUUCUCAACUCUCUAGCAACAAGGUUCGCAGAGUCGUUAAGAAAGAAAAGAAUCUCUGA